CGCUUUAGAAAUCAUCCCACACGUCAAUGUUCAGCGAGCACGGCGGCAGAGCUGUGAAGUUACACGUGAAACAACACACACUGAUUUCAAGACGGCCGAAGAAUGCCCCGUACGUCGCGAGGGUGGGAGGCGUGACGGGUUUGUCCUGUUUUUCCUUCUGCUGUUGAGAUGACAUGAGAGCAGAGCCCUGACUAAAGUGAAGCAGAAAGAGAAAGAGAGAGAGAGAGGGAGGUGUCCCCAUCCUCUGGCCAUCAUCAUUCUCCACGCACCGGCGCCAUCGCAUCCCGGGGCUUUGUUUGUGGCUGAGCAUCUGUGCCAAAAGAGAUUACUUUAGCAGCGUGGAAUGAGACGCAGACUUGCUUGUAAGUUAGAAUAAUGUUGCCGGGUGUGGGUGUAUUUGGAACCGGGCAGACGGUACGUGCCUUAGUGCCUUUGCUCCAAAAGGAAGGCUUCCCUGUUCAGGCUGUUUGGGGACGUACGCAAGAGGAAGCGAAGUCACUAGCCUGCGAGCUGGACAUUCCCUUUUCCACCAACAAGACAGAUGAUGUGCUGCUACAUCCAGAAGUCCAUCUUGUCUGCAUAUUGACACCUCCUCCACACACACGCCAGAUUGCGGUAAAAGCUCUAGGUAUAGGUAAAAAUGUGAUCAGUGAGCAGGCGGCUACACUGACAGAUGCCUGUAAGAUGGUGACAGCGGCGAGAUAUUAUCCACAGCUUAUGAGUAUCAUGGGAAACUCCUUGCGCUUUUUGCCCGCUUUUGUCCAGAUGAAGCGCCUGCUAGGAGAGGGUUAUUGCGGGAACUUGCAGGUAUGUGAAGCGCGUGUGUAUGGAGGCUCGCUGCUCAGCCAAUCAUAUGGAUGGGCAUGGGAGGAGCUGAUGGGGGGAGGUGGCCUGCACACAGUUGGCUCCUGCAUCAUUGACCUCCUGAGCCACCUCACGGGACGCCGGGCGGUGCGAGUGCAUGGAAUGCUUCGGACAUUCGUACGUCAAGGUGUCCCAGCGGGAGGCAUUCGCUCUGUGACCGCAGAUGACUAUGCUUGCUUUCAGCUUCUGAUGAACGGAGUGGUUUGCAGCGUGACGUUAAACUUCAACCUACCUGGCACAGACAUGCACGAGAUCAUGCUUGUGGGGUCAUCGGGUCGACUUGUUGCUCGGGGAACAGAGCUGUUCGGCCAACGGGCCAGCAUGCAAGUAGAGGAGCUUCUUGUGAGCGACGCUGGAGAAGCUGUAGGGCCGUCUGUCAGGGGACUGAACGGCAUGGUGACUCAGCUCAGACUCUCGUUUCAGGCACAAGAGGACAGGCGCUCCUGGGCGCGACAUCCUGUUUCAAUGGCAGCCUCCUUCGAGGAUGGGCUGUAUGUACAGACGGUUGUAGAUGCUAUCAAACGGUCAAAUCGCACUGGAGAGUGGGAGUCGGUGGAGGUCAAGAUUCAGGAUGUUGACCCGAACCAUAACCACAGAACCCUGCCAAACUAACACUACACACACUGUUACAUGCUACACAUACUAUCUCAAGACCGAGCCUUUUAACAUCGUUCACUUUGUUACUGUAAAACCACCGUGCUUUCAUUUUAAACAUACAGAUCAUUUAAAGUUUAUGCAUAGUAUCUGUACAUUUUAAGUUUGCAGAGUUGGGCUGCUUCUGCUUAUGCACAACACUGGAAUUGCGUCACUGGAUAGGAAUUGUGGUUUCAGGGUUAUUUUGUUGCUUUACCGACUGUAACCGAAAAAGAUUUGCAAAGCUUAGCUGUGAAAAACAAUGCAUUUCCUAUUUUUCUGUGAUCUUAAAUUUUAGUUAAAUUUUAGUAAUGGGGUUUAAAUGUAUGUGAGCCUCUAAAGUUUUAUAUUUUAUCUAAGUAGUGAAGAUAAGCUUGCGCUCUGCUGAGUGUUUUUUUAUUUGUGUGUGUGUGUGUGUUUUUUGUUAGUAUAUGUGUGUAUGUGAGACAGAGAGAGCUUUACAGCACUGAAGAAACUUAUUAUGCUGGACACUAGAUAUCAUUUACUGUAAUACACCUAUUGUGACUUAUUGCCUAGUGUCCAGUGCAUUGGACAUGUUAACGGUUCUACUAAGCUGCACAAAGUUUCUUGAAUUAUAUUUUUUAUUGCUGAAUUUGUGUCUGCACUGUUUGAGAGAGUGAUGGGUUGACGUGUGUAUGGUAUUUUUAUUCUUUGUUAUGAGUUUAAAAAUAAAUAUUAACUUAAUUAAAUAUUUUAAAA